AUGGCGACAGGCGCGCAAGUUGACCAAGAAGCCUUUAUGAUUGAUAGUUAUACUUCAAAUUCUGAAACUGAACAAAUUACUAAUAAUAGUAAUCGGGAUAGUGAUAAAGGAGGCGUGAAAAAUGUUGAACGUGCAUCUAUUAGCUCUUCUAUGUUUAGUAAUGGUGGUGUUAGUAUCAAUAAUAAAAGUAGCUCGGAAGCCUCUUCGACAAAAGACGACAAAAUCAACAAACAUUUAUCAACUAGUUCUUCUAUUUACGAAGAAGGCACAAAUUACAGUUCUUUUGACGAAGAAGACGAAGAAUCGGGUGCUGUUUUGUUGGAUAUAGCAACUGAAAAUCCUAUAACAAAAGCACAACCAGACAUUGAAAGUCGUAGCUCUAGUAACAAUUCUUUUCUUUCUGACUCUAUCAGCAGUAGUAACAGUAGUACUACUGACAAUACGAUAACAGACCAUACAAGUGAUCUCUCGUCAGAUAGUGAAGAUUUAUUGAAUAACAAUAAAGAGAUUGUUGAAUUGAAGAAUAAUGAAUCUAAAUUAUUAUCCGAUAAGAAGGUCGAUGAUAACAAAACUGCGAAUGAAACAAUGGAAGAACAUAAUAACAACGAAACUGCGAAUGAAACAUUGGAAGAACAUAAUAACAACAAAACUGCGAAUGAAACAUCAUCUAAUAUUUUUAUUCCCAGUAAUCUAAAUUCUGCCGAGGAAGUUUCUUCUCCUGAAAAUAUUUCAGAAUUUAGUAUUGAUAGUGAAAAUUUGGCAAAUAUUCCUAUGUUAAAUAAAGAAAAAGAACUAGAGAAUGAUUCAAGUACGUCUUCAUCAUCUUACUCUUCCAAUUCUUCACAUGAAAGAGCAUCAUCGAAAUCUAGUGUCUCGUCGGUAUCUUCGCUUCAACGUGCAGAGCUAAAGAGACCUAUUGCAAUUGAAGUUAUCAAGGAACUAGAUGAGCAACAGCAGCUACAACAAAAAGAAGAAUACGAAUCAAAAAAUCGAAUGUCGGUUGCUUCUCUAGGAGAGAAUCCUCAUUUGAACGAUAUUUCAUUGAAUGAUGAUAUAGAGCAAGAGGAAGAUAAUAAUAGCUGGAGUUUCUCAAAAAAUCUUCAAGCACCUGUUAAAUCUUUAACAUCAUUUAUCAACUCAUUUUCUUCUCCUUCAACUCCAAUUGCUGAAAUUCAUGAAGACACCGAAAAUCACGGGGAUAUUAUGUAUCCGAAAACUCCUACCUCAGGUCGAUCUUUUACUUCCUUGUUCAGCUUGCGUUCUGGGCAUUCUUCAACCACAUCUAUUCCCGAUACUGAGAUGCGUCGUUCAUCUAACGCGUCAGUAAUAUCUCAGAACUCAAAUUAUGAUUUAUUAUUGGCUAAAAUAGAUAAAGAAAAUGAAAUUAUGACGUCAAAUCCACGAGCAAGAAGACUGUCGUUGCAAGGAAUGGAAGAAAUAAAGAAAAGUUUCGAACGUGUACAAAAUAACAUUGUGGAUAAAGAAGUCGAUAAUAUUGAUUGGGAUUUUUGGGGAUUAAUUAUUUCAGACUAUGAAUCAGUUGCCAAAUCGCAACCUCGUCAAUUAUCGCGGAUGAUUCAAAAAGGAAUUCCACCAGCAUUGAGAGGAAUGAUAUGGCAAUUGAUGUCGAAAUCAAAAGAUGCGGAAUUGGAGUCUACCUAUGCACAACUCCUUAAAGAGACAAGUGCUCACGAGAAAUUGAUUAUGAGAGAUUUGAAUCGAACUUUUCCUAAGCAUGAAUAUUUUCAAGAUCAGAAUGGAAUUGGUCAAGAAGGAUUAUUUAACGUGGUGAAAGCUUAUUCGGUGUUUGAUAAAGAUGUUGGAUAUUGUCAGGGAAUAUCUUUUGUUGUUGGACCAUUAUUACUACACAUGCCAGAUGAAGAAGCAUUCUGUGUUCUUGUUCGUCUCAUGACUUUUUAUAAUAUGCGAGGACAUUUUCUACCGGGUAUGGAUGGCUUGCAACUUCGUCUUUUCCAAUUUGAUCGCCUUGUGGAGGAGAUGCUUCCCAGGGUUCAUCAACAUUUUCAGGCACAAGGUGUUAACUCAUCCAUGUACGCAUCACAGUGGUUUAUGACCCUCUUUGCCUAUAAAUUCCCGCUGUCUCUCGUAUUGAGGAUUUAUGAUACAAUCUUCACCGAAGGCAUUGAAGCACUUUUCCGAUUUAGCAUUGCAUUGCUGAAGAGGAACGAAGAUAGACUUGUGCAUAUGGAAUUUGAAACACUAUUGGAAUUCUUGAAGAGUGGGCUAUAUACCAGUUAUCAGAUCAAUCCAAUUAAUCCAAUUGGAAUAAAUAAUAAAAACACCAAUAGCAAAGAAAUCCAAUACAAUACAAAUGAGUUUGUCCAAGAUGCUUAUCAAAUCCGGAUAACUAUCAAGAAACUCAACAAAUAUCAACAACAGUACCUCGCCUACCAAGAAACCGAGCGACAAGCAAGAUCCGCCGAAACAAUCGCCAUGGAACGACUACGUAUCUCCAACAAUCAAUUGUCGCAGCACGUUAAACAAUUAGAAGGCUCUUUACAAACGCUUAAUCGAGAGCACAUUGAUAUCGCCAAUGAACUGAUAAACACAAAAAUUGAAUUGGCUAAGGUGAAGGAUGAAAAUGACACACUUCAUCAUACUGUCAGUGAUCUUCGGAAAUCGUUGGAGGCUACUACUCCCGUGGCGGUUGAAAAUCGAGUGCGUGAAGAUAUGAAUACUUUGGCGGAGAAAAAUGUCGAGUUAAUUACUCGUAAUACGCAUUUAGAAGAUCAGUUGUCUACUUUGGAGAAUAUGUUGAUUGAGAUUAAAAUGCGGUAUGCGGAAAGCGAGAACGAGAGGGAAGUCUUGAAACGAAAAUGGAACGGACUAAAAAAAGCAUUGGGUUAA